UUCAAGACUCAUCUUCCCCUCUUUUUCUCUCUCUCUCCCCCUGGCUCGCGCUCCCUCCGCUCCAUAGAUAGAGGCAAAGAGCGGCUAAUCGCCCCCUCUCUCUCCUCUCUCGUUUGCGCAGCCUUCGCUUGGACUUGUUCCUCGAGCUUGUUUUACUUCGAUCCGCCCUAAUUCACGCUCUUAUAUCGGGUCGACCGGAAUUCGAGUCGAGGAAGGGGGCGCGCGGAGGACAAAGAUCGAGGAUUCAGGGUUUGAUCCGUGGAUUAUUGGUGGAAAUAGGGGAAAGGAGGCGAUUUUGGUGUCUCUGCAGGGUUUUUUCUUCCUUGGUUGUUAGAUGACUCUAUGAUAGUGGGAGGAGGCAUUGAUGGGUUCUCAGCUCAAGCGGCCCAACGUUCCCCGAGCCGAUCUGUCCGGGCAAACCCAUAUGCCGCCGGCUCCAGCAGUUGGUACCACUCCCAAGCUCACCACCAACGAUGCCCUAGCCUACCUGAAGGCUGUCAAGGAUGUCUUUCAAGACAAAAGGGAAAAAUAUGAUGAAUUCCUUGAAGUCAUGAAAGACUUCAAGAGCCAGAGGAUUGACACUAAUGGGGUUAUUAUGAGGGUGAAGGAAUUAUUUAAGGGGCAUCUGGAUUUGAUAUUGGGUUUUAAUACCUUCUUGCCCAAGGGAUAUGAGAUUAAGCAACCAGAAGACAAGAAACCAGUUGAAUUUGAGGAAGCAAUCACCUUUGUUAACAAAAUUAAGAAUCGUUUCCAGAAUGAUGAUCGUGUUUACAAGUCAUUCUUGGAUAUUUUAAAUAUGUACCGAAGGGAGGAUAAGUCAAUCCAUGAGGUCUACCAAGAGGUUGCAGCUCUCUUUCAGAAUCAUCAAGAUUUGCUCGAAGAAUUUAUACAUUUUUUACCUGAUGCCUCGGCGACAUUUGCCCCACAACAUGCAUAUUCUGGUCGAGGCUUUGUGCGCCGAGAUGACAGGAGCUUUCUGAUGCCAGCAGUAAGGAAUGUUUAUGCGGAUAAGAGGGAGGCAGCAUAUAUGUCACGUACCGAUCGUGACUCUAGUGUUGAUUGUCUUGAUACAGAGCAUGGUAGGCAGAAAAGACGUGCAGAGAAGGAAACGGAUAAGAAGGAAGACAGGGACAAGAGAGACCACGAACGAGAUGAGGACUCAGAGCAUGAUUGUGGAGAUUUAGAAAAUUCAGAGUGUAGGCAUAAAAUUUCAUCUAGAAGGGUGGAUGACUCUAUUGAUGAGCCGAUGCAACAAGGAGGUGAUCGUGCCAAGAAUAUUGGCAUCUAUAGUUUUUCAGUUUCAUCAUUUGAUGAUAAGAAUGCUUUGAAGAGUGUAUAUACCCGAGAAUUUAACUUUUGCGAGAAAGUCAAGGAGAAGUUGUAUCCUGAUACAUACCAGGAAUUUUUGAAAUGCCUUCACAUAUAUAGCAAAGAAAUAAUAAACAGAACAGAAUUAAAGAAUCUGGUAAGUGAUAUCCUGGGGAAGUUUCCUGAUCUCAUGGAAGGUUUCAAUGAAUUUUUGGCCCAUUGUGAGAAUAUAGAUGGAUUUCUUGAAGGCGUAUUCAGAAAAAGACAUAUGGCUCGACCAGUUAAGAUAGAGGAUAGAGACAGAGAAAGGGAGUGUGAAAUGGAUGAGCAGGAGAAAGUUCAUGAAAGGAGGGAGAGAAAUAAGGAAGGAGACAGGGUUGAUAAAGGUGCUCUUUUCAAUUCUAGGGAUGGGACCUCUCACAAGUCUUCUUUGCUAUCGAGCAAAGAAAAAUAUAAUAUAUGUAAACCAAUUUCAGAGCUUGACCUCUCAAAUUGUCAACGUUGUACCCCAAGUUAUCGUCUUCUGCCAAAAAAUUAUUCAAUCCCUCCUGCUAGCCACAGGACUGAACUUGGAGCAUCAGUCUUAAAUGAUGUAUGGGUGUCAGUGACUUCUGGAAGUGAGGAUUAUUCCUUCAAGCACAUGCGCAAAAACCAAUAUGAAGAAAGCUUAUUUAGAUGCGAAGACGAUAGAUUUGAGCUGGAUAUGUUAUUGGAAUCGGUUAAUGCGACCACUAAGCUAGUGGAGGACUUGCUAGAAAUGAUGCAAGACCCUGUCAAAUCAGAGAAUCCAUUUCGUGUUGAAGAUCACCUUACUUCUUUGCAUUUGAGAUGCAUUGAGCGAUUAUAUGGAGAUCAUGGACUUGAUGUCAUGGAUGUGCUUCGGAAGAAUGCUAGCCUUGCAUUGCCAGUCAUAUUAACCCGCCUAAAGCAAAAGCAAGAGGAAUGGUUUAGGUGCCGUUCAGAUUUUAAUAAAGUUUGGGCAGAAAUAUAUGCUAAAAACUAUCAUAAAUCGCUGGACCAUCGUAGUUUCUAUUUCAAGCAACAGGAUUCAAAGAGCUUGAGCACAAAAGCUUUGCUGGCUGAGAUCAAAGAUAUAAAUGACAAGAUGAAGAAGGAGGAUGACGUUCUUCUUGCCAUUGCUGGUAGAAACAGGCGUCCCAUAGUUCCCACUAUGGAAUUUGAGUAUAUAGACAUGGAUAUUCAUGAGGAUUUAUAUCGGAUCAUUAAAUAUUCAUGUGGCGAAGUUUGCACAUUUUCUGAUCAGUUGGACAAAGUCAUGAAGAUAUGGACUACCAUUUUGGAGCCCCUAUUUGGUGUUCAACCUCGAAACCAAGGAGUAAAAAGUUUGCAAGAUGUGAAGCCUAAGAGUCAUGCUGUCAAAACCAUUAUGCCAGGUUUGGGUGAAAGCAAUGGGAAUCCUGGUGCUUAUAAUACCAAACAAUGUAAUGGUGAUCAGAACAUUCCAUCUGAACAAGCACCUUCAUUCACGACUAAGUCAGCUGAUGGGGACACAACAGUUACUGAAAAUGGAUUUUAUGACACAAUUCAAGCCACUAACUGUGGUGAAAAUAUUUGUAGUAGUCCACUUCAAGGAAGAGUGCAAUGUUGUGCUUCUGUGGCUGAUGAAAUGCCUGAGAUAACUGUGCCAGAUUCUGUUGCUGGUAGAGCUGAACAAAGUCACAAUAAAAUAAGCCAGGAGAUUGCAUCAGGGGUUAGCUGUGGAUCUAUAAGAACUGGCCAUUGUGGAACAGAGACACUAGUUGAAGCUCGGGCUACUAAUGAGAAUUUGCCAUAUUCAGAGGGUGGGCAAACUGGAUUGCAAAUCAUAUCAAUUAAUGGUGGUAGCAUCACUGAAAGCAACAAAUACUACAGACCUAAUGAUGUUUUUGUAUCCCUUAAUAAUCUCAAAGUUGAAAGAGAAGAAGGAGAAUUAUCACCUAAUGGAGAUCUUGAUGAGGAUAAUUGUGUGGCUCUUGAGGAUGCUGCUACAAAUGUAGCUCAUACAGGGAAAGAUACUUCUGCUAGCGGACAGUACCAAGUCAGGCCUGGAGAUGUAGAGGCUUCUUGUGGAGAGGAUGCUGGGGAUAAUGGUUCUGGUGCUGCUGCUGAUGAUGAAUGUGAGGAAAGUGCUCAACGCUCUACGGAGGUCAGUGGAAAUGCAUCUGAGGCUGGUGAGGAUGUCUCAAGCAGUGAAUCUGGUGAUGGUGAGGAAUGUUCCCAUGAAGAUCAAGAGGAAGAGGAUGAUGCUGAGCAUGAUGAUCAGGAUGCAAAAGCUAUAAGCGAAGGUAAGGCUGAUGCACAUGAUGCUGAAGGAGAACUAUUUCUGCAUACAGUUAAACCUCUUGCCAGGCAUGUGCCUGCAGCACUGCAUGAUGAGCAAGAUAAAUCAUCGCGGAUCUUUUAUGGAAAUGAUUCAUAUUAUGUGCUGUUUCGGCUUCAUCAGACUUUGUAUGAAAGGAUACUUUCAGCCAAGACAAACUCAUCAGCUUCUGAAAAAAAAUGGAAAAGUUCUAAAGAUACAAGCCCUCCUGAUUUGUAUGCCAAAUUUAUGAGUGCUCUAUUCAACCUUCUUGAUGGUUCUGCUGACAAUACCAAGUUUGAAGAUGAUUGCCGUGGUAUCAUUGGAACUCAGUCAUAUGUGCUUUUUACAAUGGACAAGCUAAUAUAUAAAAUAGUUAAACAGCUUCAAGCAAUAGCUUCAGAUGAGACAGAUAAUAAGCUUCUUCAACUAUACUUGUAUGAAAAAUCAAGGCAAACAGGAAGAUCUUUUGAUCUCGUCUAUCAUGAGAAUGCUUGUGUCCUUCAUGAUGAGAGCAUAUACAGAUUUGAAUUUUUUUUGCAGACUUCAGAUGUGACCCAACUAUCUAUUCAGCUCUUGGAACAUGGACAUGUAAAUCCUGAAGCUGCUGCUGUCUCAGUAGAUCCCAGCUUUUCAUCUUAUCUGUACAGUGAUUUUCUGUCCAGUGUUUUGGUUAGGAAAGGAGCACAGGGUGUCUUCCUGGGAAGGAAUAAACGAAAAUAUGGGGAUGAUAAUGAGCAUUCUGUGGUUGACAAGGCCAUGGAUGGAAUCCAAGUUAUCAAUGGUUUGGAAUGCAAGAUUUCUUCUUGUUCUUCUAAGGUGUCUUAUGUGUUAGACACAGAAGAUAUUUUAUUCCGAGCUAGAAAUAAAAGGAGAUGUUCUGGAGGAACCAUAUGUCAUGACCAUUCACAACCUUCACAAGUACAUGAUGCAAAAGUACAGCGAUUCAAUAACUUGCUGUCCACUUUCCUGUCCAGAACCUAAUGCAUCACGCCCCCAGGAAAUUGGCUUUAGCAGACAAUGCCACUGGUUAUAUCAAUUUGAAACUUGGAGGAAUUAUGAGUUUGAGCAAAUAUCGAGCAGUUGACUUAGUUGUUUCGGUAUCAGCAAGUGUUCGCUGCUUCUGAUUCGGCGUCUCCUUUCUCUUGCAGUGGCUAUUCAUCACAAAGUCACCUUGAACUCCUGUUGGGGCUUGCUAGAUUUCACUAUCUGAUGGCGCCGCUUGCUCUUCUCAAAACAACAGUCUCAAAACAACAGCUAGGUGGAUUUCUGGUAAAUAUGUCAAAUAUUGUCACUUAAUUCUGGUGGCUUUUUGCGUCAAAAAUCUGUAUAUAUAUGUAUGGCACCAACUUUGCUCCUCUUUCAUGGAUACCACUCCUCAAGAGUUCCGGCCUUUUUGCUCACGUAUUGUUAGUCCAUUAAAACACAAUGCUCACGUAACAUGCUGAUGUAAACUGCUUACUCCUGCAAUAAAGUGCAGGUAUCUGCAGCCUAGCCUGUGUCA